UGUGAUUCCCCAUAGCGCACAACUGCUUACCUUCGGCCAGUGAGAGGCAGUUGUGUGCGCGGGUCCGCUUCUCUCAGCUUCAGCUUCUUUUCAGCUCCAGUGCGCAUAUUUCCAGCGACUUUCAAUACAAGCUUCUUUGAGCGGUUUGCUGAGUUUGGCCGAACCUAUCUUCAUGAGGCGAUCAAUGUCCCUGUUCCUGUCCUGGUGCCUGUUCUGCUAGCCUGUCCCUAUUCAUUCCUUUUUUGGUUUUGUCCCUGUUUGGGCACCAUUUGUGGGACAUGCAAAGGGAUUCUGGGGAGCACCAUCUGGCCACGUGCCUCCGCAUUCGUGGGACGCUAGGGCCUGGGCUGCCCAGGGCAGCUGGGAGUCGCUAUGCCAAGGUGGGGACCGAGGGCGGGGCGGGGGGGUCCUGUGACGGGGCGGGGGCGCAGGUGACAUCAGAGGACGUGUCACAAUGGGGGGACUGCUUUUAAGGCAGCCGCAGGCAGCGCUGCUGCAUUUUGGCCUGAGCCAUCGACCAUGGUUUUGGCAACUUUCUUCGUCCUGACGUUCCUGGGCUUAAUCCAUAGCCCGGCGAAGGUUGGCUACGAAUUAGAUGAAGCUACAAACGACUACAUGCGGCAGCGUGCGGAGGAGCUGCAAGAACACAUGAUGCAGCUCCUGUUCGAAAUUGAGGAGGGGGAGAAGGAGCAGAGCUGGUCGUACAUGGGAGCCCUGCUCUUAUCUGUGUUGCAGCACUGGCAGUUCUGGGCCUGUGUUGGUGUUGCCCUCCUGUUCUUUUGGAACUUGUGGCUGCUCCUUAGAGAUAUCCCAGAACAUGAAAGCAGCAGUGAGGAGGAGAGCUCCAGCAGUGAAGAAGAGGAGGAAGAAAGAGUACCACCACUCCCCAAUGAUGCAAGAGAUCUGCCUGAAUUUGUAGCUCAGCGCAUCUACUGGCCACUCCCGGAUCCGACCAUCAGAUGCCCACUGGUGGAGGAGGUUGUGGGAGACCUCCUGCAUGUCUUUGACUCAGUCAUUCUAAAUACUUUCUUUCCGAAGCUGCAACGAGCCAUCGGAGUGGGCAGUGCCUUUGAAGGUUGGAAUCCUCAUGGGAAUGAGGCUGUCUACCACCUACUUGUGCCCAUGACGGCCCCGCGUGGACACUCCUUCCACCUGGAGCUGGGCAAUGAGGACGAUAUACUGGUGAGGAACUCCUCUAUCUGUGUGGAGCUGGAGUGCACGUGCGCGCGGCAGCAGGACUUUGGGGACAUGCUGUGCUUCCUCCACCAUUCUGAGGAUGAGCUGAAAAAACAGGACCCGAGCCUCCUAGACACCCUCUGCACCGAUUCCUACCUAGAUGCGGAGAAGACUGCAAGGUGGUUCCAGAACUUUGUGAAAACAGCCUGGGUGGUUAUCCCUCAGUCGCAGGUUUACAAUGUAAAUGUGCUGCCCUCCACCCGCAUGUGCAAGCUCCGGCUGACAAAUGCUGCCAGGAGAAACCUCACCAUUGAGAUAAUAUUUGGGGUGCAGCAAGGCGAUUCAGACAUCUUCCUGAGCAGCCAGAUGAGAAGGGGCACCUCUAUCCCCAGCACAACAUGGCCACAGAGCUGUAUUGUUGCAGAGAGGAAGUUCUUCCAGCACGUGGCCAGAGAAGCCGUGUUCAACUGCAUACACCUCAAGUGCCUGCAGAUUUGCGCCCGUAUGGUGGUGGGCACAAGCUUUCCCACCUACAUCAUCAAGACUAUUGUCAUGCACCUCCUGACCACCAUCCCCUUGGAAGUGUGGCACGAGACGGAUUUUCUGCUUCGGCUGGAUGAUAUCAUUCGGUACCUGCGCUGCUGUGUGGAAGAGAAAUGCCUCAACCACUUCUUCUUUGGCAAUGAGAUGGUGCCCAAUGUGAUUGUCCUGCCACCAGCCUUCCAAUCAUCCGGCCCAGUCAACCUCUUCCAGCACCUGAAGCGGAACCCGUAUGCCAAAGCUGAGGCACUGCAGAAGUUCGAGGUGGUGCGAGAUCGGCUCAAAAGACUGCUGAUCUAUGGACAUGAAAGAGACCUUCGUGCACAGCGAGAGCGCUCUGCUGCUGGCAGACGAUGAACUGCUAGCACUCUAUGGGGAGCCGGACCUCAUGCAGCUCCAGAGGCUGCUUCAUGGACGCUUGACGCAGAGACUCCUGAUACCAACUGGGCUUGGUUCCUCCUUAUUUUGGGACUGUGGGAGCUUCCCCUUGUUUGCUUAACAUGCUCCCCACUGCUAUGCUACUGUCAUAUGCCUGCACAAUCACUUUUGAAUACGCAAGGUUAGUGGAAUUUUCCACUGCAAAAGCACCUUCUAUUGCAAAACACGUUGUUUCUCACGUGCAGAAAAUCAAGUGGUUCCAGGAACUGGUGACAGAAGCCUGGGUGGCUACGCCUCAGUCAUCCUAACUCCAGCUAAUGGUGCUGCCCUCCACCUGCUUCUGCAAGCUCAGGCUGACCAGUGUCUUCAAGGAAACCCUCUCCAUUGAGAUGAUGCUUGGGGUACAGCAAGACACCUCGGACCCCUUUGUGAGCUUCGAGUAGGCAGAGCGCGUUAGCAGCAGCACGAGGUGGCCACAGAGCUGCGCUGUGCCAGAGAUGCAGUUCUUGAGGACACAGGUGCGCAUGCUUAGCACAACACCUUUCACCUCGGACAUCCGCAGCUCUGUGUCUGUAUCCUGUUAGGCACCACCUUUGCCACCCAUGCCUUGAAGACAGCAAGCACGCACCUCCUGACCACCAUCCCCUUGGCAAGCAUGCACAGGAGGGAUUUCCAGCCCCAAAGCCAGUGAUGAUUGUGGUGGCUACGAAGAUGACUGACAGACAUCCUGCUUGCCACAUGCCCCAGAGCUGAGCAUACUGGACACGGAGAAGAUGCUGCUCAGUUGGCAGUGGGAAUUGCUCGUCCAUGUUCUCUCCACAGCCAAACCACCCUUGGGGGAGGCACACCCCAUGCAGCUGAAGAGGCCGCUGCAGGGAGCCUUGAAGCAGAGACUUCUUUACCAGCUGGACAGUGACCAUCUGGCUCUUGCCCAGUGUCCACUCACUCCGGGAGCUUGGCCUCUACAAAAAUGCUAAUAUAUUGCUUGCUUGAACAAACGUUUUGUCCGUGAGUGUCUGUACCACACUUGGUCAGGAAAGGCGGGCAUGAGGUGCUGACAGCUUGGCUGCCACAGCAUCGGGGAGCAUUUUGCUGAGGAGCUGAUCCAAUAAUCUUCUUCUCUCCCAGUAACAAAGGCAUUAACUAAGGCAUUUUCUGAGGCAUUAACAAAAGCCUUAGAAAAUGAAGUAGAAUACUCUAAGAUCGAUAAGCAAUUAAUUGAAGAUGUAAAUGGAAAAUGUUACCUGCAGGUUUAACACAAAUAAAUGAUGGGAGAAUUGUGAUACCAUAUUAUAUUAGAUGGUAAUUGGAAAACAUAAUAAAGUAUGCUGGGGAGCUGAAAUAUUAUAACAGUUUUUAAGUAGAAAAUGGAUUGGACCUCAUUCGUAUACCAUUGUCAGACAAGUAUCAAAACAAUAUGUCAUACGUCUUAAAAAUAACCCACAGACAGGAAUCAAACCCCAAAUGGGAACAAUAGGGAAGGGAAAUAUUCCUGGGAAGCAGUGGCAAAUUGAUUUUUUAGAACUCCCAAGAAAAAGGGCGUUUAAAUGCCUAUUGGUACUAACAGACACCUUUUCCAGAUGGCCAGGAGCAUUCCCAUGUAGAACUAACAAAGCCAGAGAAGUGUCCAAAGUAUUGUUGAAUGAAAUUAUACCGAGAUUUGGUGUACCCUCAGUAAUGUCAUCUGACAGGGGACCACACUUCACUGCAGAACUGACCCAACAAGUCAGCAAAGUGCUGGGGAUUGAUUGGCAACAACACACUCCGUAUAGGCCACAGGCAAGAGGCCAAGUGGAAAAAAGUGAAUCAUUUGAUAAAACAACAGAUUACUAAAAUCUGUCAAGAAACCAAUAUGUGUUGGUAAAACUAAGACCCUUUGA